AUGCUGGACACCUGGAUGACUCGCAAAGUCGAGGAGAUCCAAGGUUACGCGGGCCGCAACGAAUGGAAGAACUUCCUCGCUGCGGUCGAGGCUGUCUGUGAACCCACAGCCAAACGGACUACUCCCCUUUUCAGCGCUGACGGAACUACCGUGCUCACUGAGAAGGCACAAAUUCUGAAGCGCUGGGCUGAGUACUUCAGAAGUAUCCUUAACCGCCCCUCCGCCAUCUCUGACCCCUCCCUCAACCGAUUGCCUCAAGUGGAGACCACCGCCGACCUCGACCUUCCGCCCUCCCUACACGAUACAAUCAGAGUCGCGCACCAACCCUCUAGCUGGAAAGCACCCAAAUCGGACGCGAUCCCUGCUGAAAUUAACAAGCAUGGCGACUCCAAACUUUUGAAAAGGACAGGUCCCUCGGGAUUUCAAGGACGCCACAGUCGUCCAUCUCUACAAGCAGAAAGAGGACUGCCAUCUCUGAGACAACCACCGAGACAUUUCCCUGCUGAGCAUUGCCGGAAAAAUCUUCGCUCGAGUUUUUAUCAGUCGCCUCAACAACUAUACGGAGCAGGGACAUCUACUGGAAAUUCAGUCCGGUUUUCGCCGUCAUCGUGGGACCAGCGACACGAUUUUUGCUAG